CUGUUCACUGGUGCAUUCAUCUUGAAUUUGACCAUCUGGGGAAUGGGCGUGGUCUCUCCUGACAAGAAGGCUCUGGGGCCCAGGCAGGGAGAAUGACAUCUCAGAAUGACUCCCUUGAGAGUCCUGUUGCCCUUUCAUCAAUGCACAGAACCAGAAGACCCCUCCGUCCUGUAGCACCUGCCAUGAGCAUUGACCUCCUGUGUUGUGUGGCCUUUUCUCUCCUGUGGACAGGUCUAGUGAAUGCUGGUGUCACUCAGACCCCAAAAUUCCAGGUCCUGAAGACAGGACAGAGCAUGACCAUGCAGUGUGCCCAGGAUAUGAACCAUGACUACAUGUACUGGUAUCGACAAGACCCAGGCAUGGGGCUGAGACUGAUUUAUUACUCAAUUACUGCUGGUAUCACUACCAAAGGAGAAGACUCCAAUGGCUACAAUGUCUCCAGAAUAAACACAGAGUAUUUCCUGCUCAGGCUGGAGUCGGCUGCUCCCUCCCAGACAUCUGUGUACUUCUGUGCCAGCAGUUACUCCACAGCGUUACAAGGCUGUCUCCUCUCCGCACAUGAAAGCAGGGAGGCUCUGCCCUCCUCCCCAACCCAAGACUCAGGGAUGACCUGGGCAGAGUUUUCUGGAACAGGAACCUUGGAACUCCAAGUGGCCCCAACUGGCCCAGAUAGUAUGAGCCUCGCUCUGUGCCAGGUGCCUCUGCAGGCAGUCUCAGGCAGGCCUGGGCUGAUCCCCGGUCCUCAGAUGUCUCCUUUGUUGCUCUCUCUGGUCUAUCCUCCAAGCUGUCCUUUAGGGGUUGGGCCAGGGCUCCCCCAGCUCCUACUUUUCAACUCAUCAUCCUGAGUCUGAGGCUCCCAGGAUGAAACAGGAUUUACA